AUGAACAAUUCCUACGCCAUGGCUGGUGCUGGUGAGAACCAUCGUCGCUCAGAGAGCUCAGAAGGCUUGAUGGGCGAAGACAAGACCUUUUCUUGCACGCACCCUGGGUGCAACAGACGCUUCACUCGGGCUGAGCAUAUGCAACGUCAUGCUCUCAACCAUAUGCCUGGCGGGUUGAGCUGCGAUUUAUGCAAUGCCCACUUCAAGCGACCUGAUCUGUUGAAACGGCAUAUGGACCGUCACCGCCAAAAAGAUCUCGAAGCAGGCGGACCAGGCUGCGGCGUUCUAGACACACGAAAGCGAUCUUGGAAGGCCCCGGACGGGUCUGUUGUAGAAAAGCGGCCCUGCCCGAAUCCGUCUGGACGGGGCCGGGCAUCGGGAGGAAAAGAGCGUCCUCAAGCUCAACAAGUUCCUUCACCUGACCCGGAACCCCACGACGGGGAUCAUAGUCUGUCCGGCUUAGACAUUGAGCCAGACCAAGACUACUCCAUCGACAAUAUAUCACCAGAGUUUCACAGGCGCUCAACCUUGGAUCUUCGGCCAGGAAGCCAGAGCGACGCUCAACAGUAUUCCAUUGGACGUCAAGACGUUUUCAAUCCAACUGAACCUGUCACCAACUUCUCGGGGUUCCCUCCUUCUUUACAGUUUUCCGAUUUUAUAGGAUCGGAGAGCCACUUCGACAUCAAUACGACCCAGUCCAGUAGCUGGGGUGAGACAUCAUUCAUGAGCGAACAGUUGGACUACGAUCAGAUCUUCCAACCCGACACUGCCAGCUCCUUUAAUAUGCCAUACACGACUGCGCUGGAUUACAACUGGCUAUUCAACAUGCAAGAAAACUCAGCCCUCACCGCAGCGCCGAGACCUUCGAAUCUAGCUCAAGACUUUGAAACUCACAUGGCAAACAAUCAAUCCCAACCUAAAUCGCAAGCAAACGUCGCCAUCACGCCAGAGUCGAUGAAGAGCGCACAGCUGUGGACAGAGCCCAUGGAGAUGACUAGCAAGGAUCAGGAGAGACAGAGGUCGUCCGAUCCACCAAGCAACACCUCAACAACCGCUAGUGAAGCUGCCAGACGGCAAGCGAUGAGAAACUCCAGGGAGAGGAGCUCAGACAUCGCGCAGUUUCGAAGACCUAGCGAUGCGCCAUCAGCAGCUCGGCAGCGUUACCCUGCACCCAGCCGGCCAACUCCGACCGAACCAGAAAGACCACUGUCUUCCUUGAGGAAGCCGCUAACAAUCCCUCCUAUUGGCGAAGAUGUGAGAGAGAGGUUGUUAAACGUCAUUGACGGCGCCAAGCCCAACCUGCCUGACCAACGCGCCACAAUAUGGGAGCACCCGUUACUAUCAGCAGACUCACUAAAGUCGUAUCUGGAGCUAUUCUUCACUCGCUUCAACACCGCAUACCCACUCAUCCACCUAGAGACAUUUGACUGCAGGAAUACCGAACCUUUGCUACUGUUGUCCAUCCUGCUGUUAGGUGCUACGUACUCGAGCAAAGACUGUCAUCAACUUGCUGUUUGCAUACAUGAUGUAAUCCGGCCGAGCAUCUUUGCCCAUGCCGGAUUCUCACCUAGACCAGAGCUCUGGACAUUGCAGACAAUCCUGCUGGUCGAGUGCUUUGGCAAGUCGCGUGCCGGUCAGAAACAACACGACAUGAGCCAUUUGUUCCAUGGACUUCUGAUCAAUCUCAUUCGCCGUUCCGAUUGCCAGACUGUGCGACCGCCGGGUCCGCCACCAGUCUCGGGCGAAGAUAACGCCGGCAUCUUGGACCAGGCAUGGAGGAAGUGGGCCGAUGCGGAGCAGAAGAAAAGCUUCGGGAUGGGUUGGCGCAAAUUGCUGAGUACCGCCUACGACGCUUGGAAAAACGACUUUGAUGCAUUCUGCGGCAGCUUCGCGUCCCAAUUACAACGGGGAUCUGCCUCCCAGGCCCAGGGAGUUCAACGGCAGGAGGGCGACGAAGAUAUGACUCGGAAAGUGGAGUUCGAGUCGUUCGCGGCAGCAUACAAGGCUCUCUAUCAUUCAGCACAAGCUUUACUCAACAUGGACUUCUUGGAUGUUCAGAUAUACGCUGGUGCUCGUCACAUCCUCGGUAGGCCAGUACAGCAACGAGACUACCACAGAUCCGCACAGGUUGUGAAGAAAUGGGCUGCGUCAGCUUGCGAGACACAGCAGCAGCAGCAAAACCACCCACUCGUCCCAAGACAAGAUCGAGGAGGGUCUGCCGACACCAACGCCGACCGAUCCAAGCAAUCCGCGUCCGAAGCAGCAUGGCACGCGGCGAGAAUGCUAGUCGAAACCAAGAGAACGCUGAACAGCAUGGAGGCCAUGAACCUCUUCCACGUGCCGUGGUGUCUGUACCUGGCGACGCUGACCUGCUGGGCCUAUCACCACGCGCGACCUAGUCGAUCGUACGGGGCAUCUUCGCGGCGGGCGUUUGACGCCUUUGAUGAUGAGGAUGACUUUGAGGACGACGAGAUGAUUUGGGAUCCGCAAGGUGAGAUGGAGGCUCUGGUUGCGAGCAUGUCGGAGCGCGCGGUUCGGGGCGAGGUCGCUCUACGGAGAGAGCGGAAGAGGACGAAUGGCUUGGUUUGGAUUAUGGCGGACGUUUUGACGACGGUGAGAUGGGGGAUUGUGCACGCUGGCGUAGUUGUGUUACGGGGUCUUGUGCCUCAGCGCCUGAUCAACCACGCAUUCUGCACAGUCAGCUUGAGCGGCGAUGUGUUCGGCCGAAGCUUGGCUGACAACAUUGAGAUGCCCAUGUCAGAGUUCAAGCGUGGACCUAUCGGCAACAUGACGGCAAUUAACUACUAUGAGCGUAUAACGGAGGUCUAUCGUUUGGACAAUACUCCAAUCUUGAUCGCUUCUGCCGUCAGCUUCAUCAUCGGCUACCUCCAGUAUACCUACGUUGUCAGGCUCACCCUACGUGAAGGAAAGGGCCCGAUGCCCUUCUGGAUGCAUUCAUUCUACCUCGCCCACGACUCGACAUGGUCUUAUACCCUUGGCAAGGCCGCCUCUCAGUACGGGGAGCACUGGUACCUGAGAGGCACGUCAAUAGCGCUCUUCCUCUGGACGAUGCUGGAAGUAUGGACUAUCCAUCGAUCCAUCACCAAAGAGCGCGAUGCCAGCUUUGGGAAUGUCCUCGGAAAGCAGCCAUCAAUGUCGGCAGCCAUUACAUACGCCCUGGCGCUGCAGAUGGGCAUGUACUCGAUCGUGCUUCUGGCCAUUGAGUUCAUGGGUGAGGGAUCCGUCAUGCAAUGGUUCUGCUUCACCAACGUCCUGAUCGUCCUUGGGCCUACGCAUCACUACUUGAGGGCUGGGUCCCAGCAUGGACUAUCUCUCGGUUUCUGCGUCGUCAACAUCAUCGGCACCAUCUGGACCUUUGCGCCUUUCGGGUUCUUUGUGCUCACUAUUCCGGAAAUCUUCGAUCAACAGUUGUACUAUAUCAUUGGGGUUAUUCUCACAGUGUAUUCCGUUGGGUGCUUCCACGUGGUAUCCCAGUAUCCGAGCAAGACUAGAGUCAUGGAUAAGGGUGGGAAGCAGCCAAUCUGGUAG